AUGCAAGUCGACAGUCCCGCUACUGCCGUCGAGCAGCUCAAGGAAGCCUCUGGAAACAAUGGCGACAUCGACGAGUCGCUAUACAGCAGACAGCUGUACGUGCUGGGCCACGAGGCCAUGAAGCGCAUGGGCUCGUCCAAUGUCCUUGUCGCUGGUCUGCGAGGCCUUGGUGUAGAGAUUGCGAAGAACGUUGCUCUUGCCGGAGUCAAAUCGCUGACGCUUUACGACCCCAAACCUGCCGCUCUUGCCGAUCUAUCGUCACAGUUCUUCCUUACGCCCGACGACGUAGGAAAGCCGCGCGCCUCCGUCACCGUGCCCCGCGUUUCGGAACUAAACCCAUACACACCCGUCCAGGAGUUCAGCGGGAAGGAUCUGACAUCAGAUCUGUCGCAGUUGAAGCAGUUCCAGGUUGUAGUGCUUACCGACACCCCGCUAGACGACCAGAUCAAGAUCGCCGACUACUGCCAUAACAAUGGCAUCUACAUUGUUAUCACGGAUACGUUUGGUCUGUUCGGUACCAUCUUCACCGAUUUUGGAAAGAACUUUACUGUCGGCGACCCCACUGGCGAGAACGUGACCAAUGGCAUCAUUGCUGGCAUUGACGAGGAGGGCAUUGUAUCAGCAUUGGAUGAGACAAGACACGGUCUUGAAGAUGGCGACUGGGUCACCUUCUCCGAAGUUGAAGGAAUGGAGGCUCUGAACGGCUGCGCGCCUCGCAAGAUUGAGGUCAAGGGACCUUAUACCUUUUCAAUUGGCGACGUGUCAGGCCUAGGAGAGUACAAGAGGGGAGGCCAGUUUAUCCAGGUCAAGAUGCCCAAGAUUCUCAAUUUUGAGCCGUUCAGCAAGCAGCUCAAGAAGCCCGAGCUCCUCAUUUCCGACUUUGCAAAGUUCGACCGACCGCAACAACUGCACGUGGGCAUUCAAGCCCUCCACAAGUUUGCAAAACUUCACAAAGGCGAGUUCCCGCGCCCUCACCACGAGGCUGAUGCGACGGAGCUAUUCAAGAUUGCACAGGAGAUUGCAGACGAAGGUGAAGAGAAGGUCGAGCUGGACGAGAAGCUCAUCAAGGAACUCAGUUACCAAGCUCGUGGCGACCUCAGCCCUGUAGCUGCCUUCUUUGGUGGUAUGGCCGCCCAGGAAGUAUUGAAGUCUGUGUCUGGAAAGUUCCACCCCAUUGUGCAGUUCCUCUACUUCGAUUCGCUGGAGUCACUCCCUACCUCCACAACCCGUUCGGAGGAGCAGUGCGCUCCGAUUGGUUCGCGAUAUGAUGGUCAGAUUGCGGUACUGGGUCAAGAAUACCAGAAAAAGCUCAGCAAUGUCAAGCAGUUCCUGGUCGGUGCAGGCGCCAUUGGUUGUGAAAUGCUCAAGAACUGGGCUAUGAUGGGCCUGGCUACUGGUCCUGAGGGCAAGAUUACCGUAACCGACAAUGACCAGAUCGAAAAGAGCAACCUGAACCGCCAGUUCUUGUUCCGACCUGCCGACGUUGGCAAGCUGAAGAGCGAUGCUGCUGCAAAGGCAGUACAGGUCAUGAACCCAGAUCUCAAGGGAAAGAUUGUCACUCUGCAAGACAAGGUCGGCCCCGAAACCGAGCACAUCUUCAACGAGGAUUUCUGGAAUUCGCUAGACGGCGUGACGAACGCACUCGACAACGUGGAAGCGCGCACAUAUGUCGACCGACGAUGCGUCUUCUUCCGUAAGCCUCUGCUCGACAGCGGCACUCUUGGUACCAAGGGCAACACACAGGUUGUUCUGCCAUUCAUCACCGAGUCCUACUCUUCAUCACAGGACCCACCAGAGAAGUCAUUCCCCAUGUGCACAUUGCGAAGUUUCCCUAACCGAAUCGAGCAUACGAUUGCAUGGGCGCGAGAGUCGUUCGAUUCGCUGUUUGUGAAAGGUCCCGAAAUUGUCAACUUGUACUUGACACAGCCCGACUAUCUUGGUGCUUCACUGAAGCAAUCUGGAAACGAAAAGCAGACCCUGGAGACUCUCCGGGAUUUCUUGGUGACUGAGAAGCCGCUGACCUUUGAUGACUGCAUCAUCUGGGCGCGCCACCAGUUCGAGAAGAACUACAACCAUGCGAUCGCGCAGUUGCUUUACAACUUCCCUAAGGACUCCAAGACUGGGUCUGGCCAGCCAUUCUGGUCAGGCCCAAAGCGUGCGCCCGAUCCAACCAAGUUCGACCCCUCAAACCCCACCCACUUCACCUACGUUGAAGCCGCCGCCACCCUGCACGCCUUCAAUUAUGGCAUCAAGCCAAAUGCAUCUCGAGAGCACUAUGUGGAGGUACUCAACGAUAUGAUCGUUCCCGACUUCCAGCCCGACCCUACUGUGAAGAUCCAGGCAGAUGAGAAGGAGCCGGAUCCAAAUGCUAACCAGGCUGGUGGCGACGACAACGACGUUCUCAACAAGAUCAUCAGCCAGCUUCCGGACCCGAAAUCUUUGGCUGGAUUCAGGCUUGAACCUGUUGAGUUUGAGAAGGAUGAUGACACCAACCAUCACAUCGACUUCAUCACUGCUGCCAGCAAUUUGCGUGCAGAGAACUACAAGAUUGAGCAGGCCGACCGCCACAAGACCAAGUUCAUUGCUGGCAAGAUUAUUCCUGCUAUUGCCACGACCACAGCACUUGUGACUGGCCUUGUCAACCUUGAGCUUUACAAGAUCAUUGAUGGAAAGAAGGACAUUGAGCAGUACAAGAACGGCUUCAUCAACUUGGCGCUGCCCUUUUUUGGCUUCAGUGAGCCAAUAGCAAGCCCCAAGGGAACAUACCAAGGACAUGACGGUGAAGUGACGAUUGACAAGCUGUGGGACCGCUUUGAGGUGGAGGACAUCACGCUCAAGGAGUUUGUUGACCACUUUGAGAAGAAGGGCUUGUCAAUUCAAAUGAUCAGUUCAGGCGUCAGCUUGCUGUAUGCGUCGUUCUACCCUCCUUCGAAGCUCAAGGAUCGGAUGCCUCUGAAAAUGAGCAAGCUGGUGGAGCACGUCAGCAAGAAGCCGAUCCCUGAUCAUCAGAAGAACGUCAUCUUUGAGAUAACAGCCGAGGACCAGAAGGAGGAAGACGUAGAAAUACCAUAUGUGAUGGUCAAACUCCAGUAGGGGUGGAUUCGUGAUGAGAAGGACUUUGGACUUGUUCGAAAGGCUGGAUUCAGACGAUGACAAGAGGAAUUAGAUGUGCAUAGUUAGCAUGAAUAGAUGCUAUACUGUACUG